GCGGUAGGGAUAGAGGGUGGGCCGCCGCUGGACCCUGUGCGCGUGCCCGCCACCAACUUUCCCUCCAGACCCGAGGGGCGGCGCGCUCCGCCCCCGCCCCUGGGCCGCGCACGUCGGCGUUCGGUGGCGCGCACGCCUGCGGGAGCCCUCUCCAGGCAACCUAGUGCUGAUCGCUCGUGCCGGUGCGGCCGUUAACCGCCCUAGCGGGAGCCCGAACCUCAAAAGCAGCCCCCUCCCCUCUCUGGGCUUCCCCCGACCCCCUUCCCGGUCGGCCCCGGGGCAUGAGCAGCGAUGGCUGGCUGCAGCCCUGAGGAGAAAACUUACCGGCGUUUUCUGGAGCUAUUCCUGGGCGAGUUUCGCGGACCGUGCGGCGGCGGCGAGCCGGAGCCGGAACCUGAACCCGAGUCGGAGCCGGAGCCUGAACUGGUAGCCGCUGAGGCGGCCGAAGCUUUGGUCGAGGAACCGGGGGAAGAGGCGGCCGCGGUAGCCGCGACGGAGGAGGGGGAACCGGAGCAAGACCCAGAGCCUGAGGAGGAGGCAGUGGAGGAAGAGGCGGCGGCGGCGGGUGAAGGCGAGGAAGAGGAGGAGGCGGCGGCAGCCGCGGCCCCGGGGCACUCGGCCGUGCGGCCGCCGCCGCAGCCCCAGCUGCCGCCGCUGCCCCCGCUGCCGCGGCAGCUGUCUGAGCGCAUCACCCGCGAGGAGGUGGAGGGCGAGAGCCUGGACCUGUGCCUGCAGCAGCUCUACAAAUAUAACUGCCCUUCCUUUUUGGCCGCUGCUUUAGCCCGAGCCACGUCAGAUGAAGUUCUUCAGAGUGACCUUUCUGCACAUUAUAUCCCAAAGGAGACAGAUGGUGCAGAAGGGACUGUGGAGAUUGAGACAGUGAAAUUGGCCCGUUCUGUCUUCAGCAAACUACACGAGAUUUGUUGCAGCUGGGUGAAAGACUUCCCUCUCCGCAGGAGACCCCAGCUUUAUUAUGAGACAUCAAUCCAUGCCAUCAAAAACAUGCGCAGGAAAAUGGAGGACAAACAUGUCUGCAUUCCUGACUUUAAUAUGCUCUUCAACCUAGAGGACCAGGAAGAACAAGCUUACUUUGCAGUGUUUGAUGGCCAUGGGGGAGUAGAUGCUGCCAUUUAUGCCUCAAUUCACCUACACGUUAACUUAGUUCGCCAGGAGAUGUUCCCCCAUGAUCCUGCUGAGGCCCUGUGCCGGGCCUUCCGGGUCACUGAUGAGCGGUUUGUACAGAAAGCGGCCAGGGAGAGCUUAAGAUGUGGGACCACAGGAGUGGUGACUUUUAUCAGAGGUAACAUGCUACACGUGGCCUGGGUGGGUGACUCCCAGGUUAUGCUUGUGAGAAAGGGCCAAGCUGUUGAACUAAUGAAGCCGCAUAAACCAGACAGAGAGGAUGAAAAGCAGCGAAUUGAGGCCCUUGGAGGUUGUGUAGUCUGGUUUGGUGCCUGGAGGGUAAAUGGAAGUCUGUCCGUAUCCAGAGCUAUUGGAGAUGCUGAACAUAAGCCAUAUAUAUGUGGGGAUGCUGAUUCUGCCUCUACUGUUUUGGAUGGGACCGAAGACUACCUCAUUCUGGCCUGUGAUGGCUUCUAUGACACUGUGAAUCCCGAUGAGGCAGUGAAAGUUGUGUCUGACCACUUGAAAGAGAAUAACGGAGACAGCAGCAUGGUUGCCCACAAGUUAGUGGCAUCAGCUCGUGAUGCUGGGUCAAGUGAUAACAUCACUGUUAUUGUGGUAUUCCUGAGGGACAUGAACAAAGCGGUAAAUGUUAGUGAGGAAUCAGAUUGGACAGAGAACUCUUUUCAAGGAGGGCAAGAAGAUGGUGGGGAUGAUAAGGAGAAUCAUGGAGAAUGCAAACGCCCUUGGCCUCAGCACCAGUGCUCAGCACCAGCAGAUCUAGGCUAUGAUGGGCGUGUGGAUUCAUUCACUGAUAGAACCAGCCUGAGCCCAGGGUCCCAAAUCAACGUGCUGGAAGAUCCAGGCUACCUAGAUCUCACACAGAUAGAAGCAAGCAAACCUCGCAGUGCCCAGUUUUUGCCACCAGUUGAGAUGUUCUGUCCUGGUGUACCAAAGGAAGCCAAUGUUAAUCGUGAGCUAAUGAUGGAGGAAAAAUCAAUUCAUUCAUCAUUGCCUGAAUGGAGUGGUGCUGGAGUGUUUCCCGCUUCUUUUAAUUUGGGCUCAACAGGGCAGCAGAUAAAUAGAAUGGAGAGCUUUUCUCCUAUCUGUUCUGGGUUUGAAAGUGAACAAUUCAAAUCCCCAGGAAAAAGAUUUUCUAGAUUGUAUCGUUCACACCACCACUACCCAAAGAGGCAGCAUGGAUUCAGGUUUAUCACAAAGUUUUAUUCAUUUCUCUCUGCUCGAGAGCCUUCCCAUAAAAUAGGCUCUAGCUUGUCCUCACUCAUUCGAAGUGGGAAGAAAAAUAGAGUGUUAAGAAGUUCUCUGCCAUGGAGGCAAAACAGUUGGAAAAGGCACAGUGAAGACAUGAUGAGGAAGGUUGAAAAGAAUAACGAUAUUCCAUACCCCGAUCUUUCCUGGAGCCAUAAAAUGUAAUUUUUCUUUAAAGUAGGCUAGCUAGUGCUCCCCCACCACUAGAAACACCACUAUCAGAAUAGAAACAAAAUAGGCAUUUCUAAAACAUACAUGCUUCAUUAUGAAUUGAUGGAUGGCUCAAUUCUUAAGUGUAAAUAGAUCUCUAAGACACUAAAAGGUACAGUAUUUUCAAUCUAGCAAAAAGUAUUGGCAGUUUCACUUAGCAAAAUGAUACAACUGGUCUCUGUGUUGUGCCUCCACACCUACAUGCAGCCCCUCCCACCACCUCUUCACGUCACUAGUGGAAGCUUGGGAGUUAGUUGUUUCAGUCAAGAUAUAUAAUGUUGAAAUCUCAAUGCAGGUGAAUCUGAUCUGAUGUGCCUAAUAUUUUAUCUGUGGAAAACUUAAUGCAGAAUUAUAUUUAGUUGGGAAAUGUUCCUUAAAAUCCUGGGGACCAUCUAGAAAACAUUUGCCCACUUUAAGUAGGUGAAAGACUAAAAGCCAUAUGAGUUUUACUGGUAAUGAAGUAGAAAACCGGUGUAAACAUGUCACAUGCUCAGACUCACAAGGCCGCAUAUAGUCAAAAAAAAUUUUUUUCCCGUAACUUAAAAAGAUUUAACUAUGAACAUUUUUUGAAUUGAAAAAUAUUUCCUAGGGCUGUAGUUAUGUGGGAGUUUCAUAAUGAGUUAUGGUGCUUUUGGUGGAAUUUUUAUUAUUUAUCAUUUUAGGAGACUGCUAUCAGCUGGUUUCCAUCUAUAGUAUUAUAUUUUUCACUGUACCUUCAUCUCAGGAAUAAGAGUGGUUUAAUGGAGAUGAUGUCAGGUACAAAUAUACUAGAAUCAAACUGUCAUUUAAAAAGAAACCCAAAUAGCAUUUCCCAAUUUUUUGCCUUUUAGAAAAAAAAAGAAGUUCCCAGGCAGCAAAGAGAUGCACUACGAUAGAAUAGAAAGUGCUUUUGGACAAUGAAAAAUUCUAUAUGUAACUUUUCUAAAGUUAUUUCCCCUAAAGGAAUGAAGUAAUCAGUAUGAGGAAGGCUGAAAGUCCUGCCCUACAGUGAGCCCAGAGGCCAAGUGCAAGGGAGAACAUGGAUGAGGGAGCCAGGUCUGGGAAGCUGUAACUGCAGCGUGCACCAGGUCUCCUGCCACUGCAGCUUCAGACGCACAGGGAUGUGUGCUCAUUUCAACACUGAGUUACUUUUCAUAUUCUUUAAUCAUCCACUUUUUGCCAUUUCUACAGUUUCAGUCCAAACGCUUACCUUUAACUGUAAAGGCAACAAAAACAAAACAAUACAAAAAAACCCCUAAUUAUUAGAUUCAUUCCGUGAAGCAGCCUUUGAUUCUCCAUGCAACCCUCUCCUAGUCACAAGGACCAGCCAUGGCAACAGACAGGAGGAGCCCUGCUGUAGCAAUCAGUUUUUAUUGUUAGAAUGCACUAAAUGUUCUUGCUGAGAAAUGUCCACUGCCUAAUCAUGUUUUUGCACAACAUAAGUACUUUAUACUCCAUUCCCUAGACCCAUAACGGAAGACUAAAAUUCCUAAAUUUUAAAGACAAAGAUAAUGGUAGAAUGUCAGGUGCCAGUAUAGCUAUGUAAAAUAAAUUUUUAAAAAUAGCCUCACUUUAGCAGUGAUCUGAUUAUUAUUCUACAGAUUUUAUUUCUUAAAAUUUGGGUGAAAGUAGAGAUUUUCAGUAUUCUUGAUUUUGAAGUCAUAUCUUCUUUUCUCAAGUCUUGUGACACAGGGUUGAAAAGGAGUAAACAUGGCUCCAACUGCAAUACUAGGAUCUUUUCACCAUUCUGAUGCUUUGCCCCCAUGCAUGGACCUCACUCUUCUGUCAUUUUCUGAAGCCUAGAUCGUGUUAAUAACCCAACAGGUGCAGUGCCAGUUUCAAAUCAAGUUAUCUAAGAAAACAAGAAAACAAGAGGCAGCGAAAUAUUGGUAUACAUUCUAGUCUAGAAAGCCUAGCUAAGUAAAAAUAUUUUUAAAAUUUUCUCUAGUUAUCUAUUGGCAAUGUUUUUGAUCAGAAUAAAGCAGGUGAUAGGCUUUUCACUGGGGAAAUACUGGAUGGAUGAAACUGAGACAAACAGACCCAUCUUUAAGGGUCUGGAUUUGUAGGUCUGACUACAUACAUAGCAGCAUUAACUCCAUUUCUCAUAUCAUUAGCUCUCUAGAAAAUAAAGCAAAGUAGUCCUGGUGUCGUCAAGUUAUAAACCAAUAUUGUAAAAAUAAUAACCAUUCAUCUGUUCACAACACACAUAUUUAUAGAGUAGUUAGGUACCGUUUGUAAGGUAAGUCCUUUAAAAUUCUACAAUACAUACUAAAGUAGUGGUUACGGGUCUGAUAUAUACUGCUCCUGGUUCUAUAACCUAGAUAUAAAAGCAGUGCUUCGUGAAAUGCAGUGUUAUAUCUUAAUGCCACUGGUGAUAGAAAGUAGUUUAGUUCCCUUCCAUUCAAAUCCUGUGCCCUUAUUUGCUGCUUGCUGACGUAAGCAAUAAGUACCCUCUACCUAAUGGUAUCUACGCAUUUCCGUAACUUGUAUUUAACGAUGGUGUAUCUGGUGAUUGUAAAAAAUAUUAGACAGAUAUAAAGCAUAUAGUAUAUAUUAACUGUUAAUGCUGAGGUAUAGUCUGUGAAUUAAUGUGUUUUGUACUUUUUUCAUUGUGUAAUUUAGUGAUGGUGAAAGUUCUACACUCAAACUGUAAAGAGUGGCAGUACCCCUUUUUCAAUUUAACAUGAUCUGCAUCAAUCUGUUUGCCUGCUAAACAAGUCUUGUUAGAUUAGGAAUAGAAAAACAAACACCAACAAGAAAGUGUAGUACUGGUUAGGGAAACAGGCUUCUCAAGUCACCAAGUGAAGUUCCUACAAACUCCCUGUACAUCCACUGCGAGUUUCAAGAGAGGCAAGUCCCUAAUCUAAAGGUUUCCUUUGUUCACUUUCUAGAUGUGUACUUCUAAGGGAUAUCUGACAGUAGGCCACAUUACAGCACCGGACACUGGGGCUAUUAUUCCUACUUAGGUCUGUACUAAAGAGGAUGGGUAGAAACAUAUGUAUGUAUAUACUUUUUCUUUACCUAGAAGUGCCAUCCACUGUCCUUGAAUUAAUACUAUUAAAAUUGCUGUUGUAUCUAACUAGGAGGCUCCUUGAAAGUAACACCUUUUUCAUGGACAGUAUAUCAACAAUGCCAAUGUCAACACUGAGUCUAAUUCUGACCACAUUUAUAGUGGUAUCAUAUCAACAUGCAUUUUCAUGACAACCAUACUCCAUGAUUGGAACAAUGUGCCAGUAAGAAGUGCGACAUCCAAUGAGUAGACUGAAAACGAUGCAUAAGUAGUUCAGUGUUUACAGAUAAAAAUGCUGUGGUUCAAGUACUUCCUUCCCCACUACAAGCUUACUGAGCCUUUGUGAGAAAACGAUUAAUUUUUAAGCCGAGUUUGUUCACUCAGAGAGUAUUUUCAACUAUACAGGGCCAUAAAGAGGGAUACUGUAGUUGUGUUUACAUCUGAAUUUGGGACAGUUUUUCUUUGGAUCAUAAAUUAGUGAAAGAAAGAACUUUUUUUUUCACCUUUGAAAAUGAAGUUUUCAGAGACAAAAGACAAAUAUUUGCUUUUUUGUUCUGACCUGUGAUUAGCUUAAGUUUCUUUUUCAAACAAAAUAUGAUACUGCCAGUAUUAGACUAAUUUUCCAUAUAAAUGGGACUGUGUUGAAAAAUAACUGCUACUUCCUCUACCAGCAUUUUUAUCUUCUAAUUUGAAGACAAUUUAUUGUGCUAAUUACAAAAUAUGAAAUAAGAUAAACUCCAGACUGACACAGCAGUUGUAUAUGAGAAGGAAAUCCUCUAAUAAACUGAUGUGUUAGGUCACCCACAGAUACGUCAUUGUGAACCCUAACUCUAGGUGCUCUUUGGUGAGACAGGCUGUGUUCUCUUGUUCAUGACAUUUCUCUGCAAAGAAUUCUCUCUGGAGUGAAGCGAAUGAAGUGAAUCAUUUCUUUCUUACCAAGUAAAUUUAUCAAUUUACAGACCUGCUCUACAGCUCACUUUUGAGUUCAGCUGUAAUCAUGAGUGAUCCUUCAUAUUUUAUUUAUUAAAAUUGUUCAUUCAGGUAAGGAGUAUAUUGAAAUUUUGCCAAUAUCUUAAUAAAACCCAGCAAUUUAAAACUA